AUGGAGACCGUUGUCAUUGUUGCCAUCGGGGUGCUGGCCACCAUCUUCCUGGCGUCCUUCGUGGCGCUGGUCGUGGUGUGCAGGCAGCGAUACUGUCACCCUAAGGACCUGCGCCACCACUACGAUACCAAACCCAUCGUGGACCUGAUGGGGACCACGGAAAUGCCAUCAGAGCCCUCGGAGCUGGAGCUGGACGACGUGGUCAUCACCAACCCCCACAUUGAGGCCAUCCUGGAGAAUGAGGACUGGGUUGAGGAUGCCUCGGGUCUGGUGUCCCACUGCAUCGCCAUCCUGAAGAUCUGUCACACACUGACGGAGAAGUUGGUGGCCAUGACCAUGGGCUCGGGCACACGCGUGAAAUCCCCGGCCAGCCUGGGUGACAUCAUCGUGGUGGCCAAGCGCAUCAGCCCCAGGGUGGACGAUGUGGUGAGAUCCAUGUACCCCCCGCUGGACCCCAAACUGCUGGAUGCGAGGGCCGCAGCGCUGCUGCUGUCGGUCAGUCACCUGGUGCUGGUGACCCGCAGUGCCUGUCGCCAGCCGGCCGCCCGCCACUGGGUCGAGAGGUCCCUGGCAGCUGCCGAGGAGCACAUGGCUGUGCUGCGCCAGGCUGCCAUGGCCACCGAGCCUGAGCGACCCCCGGCCCCCGCCGAGCCCCCUCGCCAGGAGCAGUCAGCCAUCUGA